GACUCAGCCUCCGCUUCAUAUUUGCAGUCUCUCUUUGUUUCUCUGAUUCUCUCUUUUGUUUUGGGGUGUAUUUGUCUUUGAAGGAAAUGGGUGAUAAUAGGUUGAGUGGGAAAGUGAAGUGGUUCGAUGACCAAAAGGGUUAUGGCUUCAUAACCCCUGACAACGGCGGCGACGAUUUAUUCGUUCAUCAGUCUUCCAUCCGCUCCGAGGGCUUCCGUAGCCUCGCCGACGGUGAAGAGGUCGAGUUUGUUAUUGAAUCCUCCGGUGGCAAAACCAAAGCCGUCGAGGUUUCUGGUCCCAACGGCAACCCAGUCCAAGGCAGUACGAGAUCCGGACGAGGCGGUUAUGGUGGAGGAGGCGGUUACGGUAGCGGCGGCGGUUACGGUGGAGGUGGAUCUGAUGGAUAUGGUGGUGGAGGAAGGAGAGGUGGAUACGGAGGCGGUGGUGGAGGUGGAGGUGCUUGUUAUAAGUGCGGCGAGAUGGGUCAUAUGGCACGUGAAUGUGGACAAGACGGUGGCGGUGGUGGAGGCAGAUUUGGUGGAGGCGGAGGCGGUUGCUACAACUGUGGAGGUUCCGGUCAUUUUGCUAGGGAGUGUCCAAACAGCGGUCGCUAGUUUUCAAAUCUCCAUUUGAGCUUUCUUUUUUCUCUUUCGCUACAUCUACUUUUGUUUCGGUGGUCAUUAUUAUUAUCCUAUGGUUUGGUUUUUUAUGUUUUUUCUUGAUUUAUGAAGAACUUUGCAACUAGUCCUAUUCAGUUUUCUUAUUUCUCGAUUCUGGGUUUUUGAUGUAAUGGGCACUUUCCUUAGUCUUGCAGUGGACUUGAAUUUAAUAUUGAUGUGAACAGAGUGGAAAGGAAAGGAUGUUAAAAUCCAUCACUCUCUCUUAUCUCAAAGUGUUUAUAUAGAUAUAAUAUAUAAAUACAAACUGGUGGAUUGGCUCAAUCUUCUCC